AUCUGAGGAAUGGGUCUGGGGCAGCAGAGAUCCCUUCUGGCAUCUGUCUCACAGCUGCUUCUUCUCUUUUACAGUGCGCUGCACACCAGGAUCUCCUCUACGGCCCAUCGAGUGACCAGCAGCUAUGUCCAAGGCACCUUAGACAUUCCUCUCCUCACCAAAACUGUGGGCCAGUGCCUGGAUGAGACGGUCCAGCGGUUUCCUGACCGCGAUGCCUUGGUGUUCUGCCGGGACGGGGUUCGGAAAACAUUUGCUCAAUUCAAAGAGGAAGUAGACCAGGCAGCAGCUGGACUUCUGGCUCUCGGCCUGAAGAAAGGAGACCGCCUGGGAGUGUGGUGUCCUAACAGAUACGAGUGGGUUCUCAUGCAGUUUGCCACUGCUCAGGCAGGAAUCAUCCUGGUAUCUGUGAAUCCAGCGUAUCAGGCUGCUGAGCUGGAGUUUGUGAUCAGGAAGGUCGGCUGUAAGGCGCUGAUGUUUCCCACACAAUUUAAAACACAGAAAUACUAUGAUAUCCUAAAGCAGACAUGUCCCGAGCUAGAGAAAUCCAGCCCAGGGGGAAUAAAGAGCAAAAGGCUGCCCGACUUAUCCAUUGUCAUUAUGGUGGACUCCAGGCUGCCUGGCACCUUCCACAUGAGCGAGGUGAUGCAGGCUGGGGACAGCAGCCAUAUGAAGCAGCUAAGAGCCCUGCAGCAGACCCUGUCCUGCCACGAGCCCAUCAACAUCCAGUUCACUUCAGGGACAACGGGAAGCCCAAAAGGAGCCACCCUCUCUCACAGAAACAUUGUGAAUAAUGCGAACCUGAUUGGCAUGAGGCUGGGCGUCUCGGAGCAGGACUAUCGUAUCGGCAUCCCCGCUCCCCUCUACCACUGCCUGGGCUCUGUGGGAGGCUGCAUGGUGACCGCCCUGCAUGGCUCCUGCUGCAUCUUCUCAUCUCCCAGCUUCGAGGGAAAGGCUGCACUGGAGGCAGUGUCGAGAGAGAAAUGCUCCUUUCUGUAUGGCACUCCAACCAUGUUUAUAGAUAUGCUCUCCCAGCCAGACUUCAACUCCUACGACUUGUCGUCCCUGCGGGGAGGAGUCAUUGCAGGUUCCCCUGUUCCCCCUGAAAUCAUGAAGAUGAUUAUGACAAAAAUGCACAUGCCGGAGAUUGUGGUCGCCUAUGGAACCACAGAAAACAGCCCUGUCACCUUCAUGGGAUUCCCAGAUGAUGACUUUGACAAAAAAACUGAGACUGUGGGAUGCAUCUUCCCCCACACAGAGGCAAAGAUUGAGGAUCCAGCAACCGGGGAGGCUGUACCUCUAAACACUCCUGGGGAACUUCAGAUCCGUGGCUACUGUGUCAUGCUGGGCUACUGGGACGACCCCUCCAAAACAAGCGAAGUGAUCUCUGAUGAUAAGUGGUACAAGACUGGGGACCUUGCGAGUUUGGAUGAGCAGGGCUACUGCAAAAUCAUAGGUCGCUGCAAGGACAUGAUUAUUCGGGGAGGAGAGAACAUCUACCCAGCGGAACUUGAGCAGUUUCUCCACACCCAUCCCAAGGUGGAGGAGGCCCAGGUGGUUGGCGUGAAGGAUUCGCGGAUGGGAGAGGAGAUCUGUGCCUGCAUUCGAGUGAGAGCUGGGCAGAGGUGCACAGAGGAGGAGAUUAGAGCGUUCUGCAAGGGGAAGAUCUCUCAUUUCAAGAUCCCCCGGUACAUCGUGUUUUUGAAUCAGUAUCCGCUCACUGUCUCAGGCAAGGUUCAGAAAUACAAGUUGAGAGAACAGAUGGAGAAGCAUCUUGAGCUCUGAGCUCGGGAAGGUGGAACCAAGACAGUGAUAAAUAGGAACCACCCCAG